GCAGCAGCAGCUCGCAGGGCGUGGUGGGAUAGGAAGACUUUCUCAGUGGCGGACCGAGUACAGUGCCCCAGCUGGCUCGUUGCAGAGAAGAUGGCUGCAGUGUGGAUUUUCAGGCCAGUGUCUGAAAACACUGCACUGUUGGUAAUGUUUCACCACGGCUAGCCUUCGUGUCGCCCCUUUUAUUUCGUCGUUUUUUUUUUUCUCCCAAGGAAAUCGAAAGGGGAUAAAACAUGGGGUCUCAAACUCUACAGAUCCUCAGGCAAGGGGUCUGGGCUUCAAUCACAGGCGGAUGGUACUAUGAUCCCCAUCAAAAUACAUUUGUCAAUGCUCUACACCUCUACCUCUGGCUAUUCCUACUAUGUUUCCCCUUCACGCUUUACAUGGCACUCCCGCCCACCAUGGUGAUAGUAGGGAUCUACUGUGGUGUGAUAGCUGGUAUGUUCCUGCUGCUGAAGACUGUGAACUACCGGCUGCAUCAUGCCCUGGACGAGGGAGAGGUGGUGGAACACCGGGCCAAGGAGAAAGAGAGCAACAGAACCAGCAGCGAUGGGGCCAACGAGGGAGACGCCACCCGGCAGGAGGACAGCAAUGGACCAGGGGACCCUGGUGGGGGUCUAGAGAUGGCAGACUUCAUUCGAGACGAGACUCCACCAGUAGACUGCAGCUCCAGAAACUCUUAUACAGGGAUGGACUCCAGUCACCAGAUUGCGUCCGCCAACGGCCAUGGAGGAACCACGACAGCCAAAGACAUGAUGUCUGACCCAAAGAUUUACUGCCUUGUCUCCAGCCACUCCUUCGCCUCCAUGCAGCCCUCCACCUCCCUUGGCCCCUCCGAGCUCUCCUGCGACCCUGCAAACCAUUGUGGCUCCGCCUCCCAUCCCUUCAGCCAAUCCAUGUCCUCUUGCGACACAGAGGGGUCGGCCCACACGCCCGGGUUACACUCCCAGUCCUUCAGGAAGGAGCCUCGUACCCGGGGUCUACCCCGCACCUCCAGCUCUGCUGGAUCAGCCUUCCCCGACCCCUCCCUGCCCUCAGCUGACUUCAGCCUCUACCCCCCUCCUUGGAGAGGUGGCCUGGACCCGGUGUGUGAGCUGGAAGCUGCCAGACCCCGCCGGCCAGGGGCUGAAGCUGGAGGACAGGGGAAUACGGAGGGGGCUGCGGCUGAAAGGCUCUGCCAGCAGCAUCCGGACCAGGCCUCUACCUCUGGCUGCUCUACAGCCUGCUACAGACACCAGCAGGAAUCCUGCAGACUAGGGCUGGCAGGGGAGGGGGGGUCAGGUUUGUACCAAGCCUCGACCUCUGGCUGCUCUACAGCCUGCUACAGACACCAGCAAGAAUCCUGCAGACUAGGGCUGGCAGGGGAGGGCGGGUCAUGUUUGUACCAGGCCGACCAGGGUGGUGGUGGUGGUGGUGGGGGGAAGGUCAGUGCAGACAGCCUCCGCAGCCUGAGCACACGUAGCAGCGGCUCCACAGAGAGUUACUGCAGCGGGACUGACAGAGACACCAACAGCACCGUCAGCAGCUUCCACAGCGAGCAGACCAGCUCCACGCACGUGGAGAGUUUACUGUCCCUGUCAGGGGAUGAGCAGCGCGGGACAGGGAGGGAGAGGGGAGGUGGGGAGGCUGCUGCUACUGGGCCUGGGUCCACCUCAACGGGGGAGGGCAGGACUUCUACUCUGGGGUCCAGCCUUGGUUCUAGCAUCUCAAGAGGACUGAACAGCCUGCCUUCCAGGGAGGCUAAUAAGAACCCUCAUGCCAAUGAGCUAACAGCCAAACAGCCCUCCUCCUCCGCCACAUCCCCCUCUAUCACCAACCCCCCAGCCUCGGGCCAGGACCCUCCAGCAGGCCCCUCCUACAGUAGUAGCAUGAGGACCAGUGCUGACGGCUCGGCCUGCACAGUCAGCAGGGAACGGGACCGGGGGAGAGGAGAGAAAGAGGACGUGUCAGGAGAGAAAGAGGACGUGAAAUCCGCCAACCUCGUCCAACGAACUUCUUCCUCCUUGGGAGCCGGGCGCAACAGCGGGCGCCGCCGGACCGGUAAGAAACGGGCGAGCAGCUUCGAUGCCAGCCGUCACCGGGACUACGUGUCUUUGCGCGGCAUGGCCAAGCCGCGCAGUGCGGUAUUCGCUGCCGGGGGUGGAGAGGAGGAGUGGAGCGAAGCCAGUGAUCUUAGCUGUGCCUCAAGCCUUCAGUCCACCCAAUCACAUCACUUCAGCACGGACUCCUCCUCCUCCACCACUUCCCACUCCUGCCACUCCCCCGAGGGACGCUACCGUGCCCUGAAAGUCAAGCACAGCCACUCCCACUCCCACAGCCACUCCCACACAGCCGCCACCACAGCCUCCACCUCCUCCUCUUCACAGAAAGCCCAGGCUGAAUAUGAGACUGGAGGAGGGAGGGCCGGGGGAAGAGGCAAGCGUCGCACCUCUGGUCGGACACCCAGCACGGGCAGCGCCAAAACCCACGCCCGGGUGCUGAGCCUGGACAGCGGCACGGCGGCGUCCGCCUGCCUUAACGACCCCCACCGCCUGGGGGCCCCCGCCGCCGGGCUCCGACCCCUCACCACCUCCAAAUCUGACCUGGAAGCCAAAGAGGGGGAGGUCCUGGACGCUGCGUCCCUAUUGGGCAGGGCCUCACAGCUGGAGUCAGUAACCAGGUCCAGGAAUAGUCUACCCAGCCAGACAGCCUUCUCUUCAGAGCCCCUGGACGCUCCCACCGUCGGCCCUUCACGAGCCCCCGGAAACGAGGACACGGUGACGUUUCGGCGUGAGCGUAGUACGUUCCGUCGGCAGGCAGUGCGGCGGCGGCACAACGCGGGGAGUAACCCCACGCCCCCCUCCUCCCUCAUCGGAUCACCUCUCAGUCUUCAGGAGGCUCUCAGCCAGGCCUCCCAGCCUUCUACUUCCCAGGUGAAAGGUCAGCCGUCCAGAACCCCCUCCCAGGUGACCGUGCUGAGCGCUAGCGCCUCCCUGCUGGCCAGGAAUGGAAGUGCACACCUGGAGGGCUCUCAGGACAAGGCCUCUACCGUAGGCACUACCAGCCUGCAGGAUGACUUCGGGAAGAACACUUCCUCCUUGUACGAGGCGGAAGGAUGUGACAUGUCCCUGGUUAACUUUGAACCUGCAACACGACGCGCCUCCAAUAACAUAUGGGACACAGACUCCCACCUCUCCAGAUCUACCUCAGUUCGCUUUUACCCUCAUGACCUGAUCCGUCUGAACCGUCUCCUAACCAUUGACCCGGAGUUGUUAGAACAGCAGGAUGUCGACCUGAGCCCAGAGCUCCAGGAUGCUCCUCUAGACCUGGAGGACCAAGCCACGGCUACAGCACACCAGGCCAAACAGCACUACCGCUUCUGGCUGCUGCCUUACCUGUGGGUCGGCCUGCACUUUGACAGACUCACUCUGUUGGCUCUGUUUGACAGAAACCGUGAGGUUCUGGAAAACAUCCUAUCAGUGGUGCUUGCCGUCCUGGUGGCCUUUCUGGGGUCAAUCCUAUUGGUCGGCGGUUUCUUCACUGAUAUCUGGGUUUUCCAGUUCUGCCUCGUCAUCGCCAGCUGCCAGUACUCACUACUCAAGAGUGUUCAACCGGACUCUUCUUCUCCUCGACAUGGCCAUAAUCGUAUCAUCGCCUACAGCCGACCCAUCUACUUCUGUCUGUGCUGCGUGUUGAUCUGGAUGUUGGACUACGUCAGUGACAGGACCGGUUCAGCCCGGUUCACCCUGUACGGUGUCGCCGUCACUAGCUCCCUGGUUCUGUCCUCUGCCAGGGACCUCGUCAUCGUGUUCACUCUGUGCUUUCCUGUCGUGUUCUUCGUGGGGCUCCUCCCCCAGGUCAACACCUUCGUCAUGUACCUCUUUGAGCAGUUGGAUAUCCACGUGUUCGGGGGGAACGCCUCCACCAGCCUUCUGUCAUCGCUCUACAGUGUUCUGCGCAGCUCGGUCACCGUGGCCCUGCUCUACGGCCUCUGCUACGGGGCCCUAAAGGAGACCUGGGAACCUCAGCACAUCCCUGUGUUGUUCUCGUUGUUCUGCGGUCUCCUGGUGGCUGUCUCCUACCAUCUGAGCCGGCAGAGCAGUGACCCCUCUGUCCUGAUAUCCUUGGUGCAUUCCAAGCUUCUGCCCAACAUGAAAGACAAGAACUCAGAAGACCCCCUGUCUGAGGUGCAGGAUCCUUUACCUGAGAAACUCAGGGGUUCUGUGAGUGAGCGUCUCCAUUCCGACCUGAUCGUCUGCGUUGUCAUCGCCGUCCUCUACUUUGCCAUCCACGUCAGCACCAUGUUCAUCGUUCUGCAGCCGUUCCUGAGCUACGUGCUGUAUUCUCUACUGGGAGCGGUGGGCCUGCUGACACAUUACCUGCUGCCUCAGGUCCGCAAGCAGCUACCCUGGUACUGCUUCUCACACCCACUGCUCAAGACCAGGGAAUAUUACCAGUUUGAGGUCAGAGGCGCGGCCCAUGUGAUGUGGUUCGAGAAGCUACACGUGUGGCUGCUGUUCUUAGAGAAGAAUAUUCUGUAUCCCCUGGUCAUCCUCAACGUGCUGAGUGGCAGCGCCAGGGAUCUGGCCAGUCCCAGGAAACUGGACACGGAGGUUGGAGCGUUGAUGAUAACAGUGGCAGGUCUGAAGCUGCUUCGUUCCUCCUACAGCAGCCCCACCUACCAGUACAUCACAGUCCUCUUCACCGUCCUCUUCUUCACCUUCGACUACCGCAACCUAUCAGAGACCCUGCUGCUAGACCUCUUCCUCAUGUCCAUCGUUUUCAGCAAGCUCUGGGAGCUGUUCUACAAACUGUGUUUUAUCUACACCUACAUCGCCCCCUGGCAGAUCACCUGGGGGUCGGCCUUUCACGCCUUCGCCCAGCCCUUCGCUGUGCCUCACUCUGCCAUGCUGUUUGUUCAGGCUGUAGUGUCAGCUGUCCUCUCUACUCCUCUCAACCCUUUCCUGGGCAGCGCCAUCUUCAUCACCUCCUACGUCAGACCUGUCAAGUUCUGGGAGAGAGACUACAACACUAAGAGAGUGGAUCACUCCAACACCAGACUGGCUUCUCAACUGGACAGAAACCCAGGUUCUGACGACAACAACCUGAAUUCUAUAUUCUAUGAGCACCUGACGCGCUCCCUGCAGCACAGCCUCUGUGGAGACCUGUUGCUGGGCCGCUGGGGGAACUACACCACAGGAGACUGUUUCAUCCUGGCUUCAGACUACCUCAACGCUCUGGUUCACCUGGUGGAGAUCGGCAAUGGACUGGUCACCUUCCAGCUCCGAGGACUGGAGUUCAGAGGUACGUACUGCCAGCAGAGGGAGGUGGAGGCCAUCACGGAGGGGGUGGAGGAGGACGAGAGCUGCUGCUGCUGUGAGCCAGGUCACCUUCCACAUGUCCUUUCCUUCAACGCGGCCUUCGGACAGCGCUGGCUGGCCUGGGAGGUGCUGGUCACCAAGUACGUCCUGGAGGGCUACAGCAUCACGGACAACAGCGCUGCCUCCAUGCUCCAGGUGUUUGACCUCCGACGCAUCCUGACAACUUACUACGUCAAGGGGAUCAUAUACUACGUAAUAGCCUCAACCAAGCUGGAGGAGUGGCUGGCCAAUGAGACGAUGAGGGAGGGGCUGAAGGCCUGUGGAGAGAGGAACUACGUGGACCUGGACCCGACCUUUAACCCCAACAUAGACCAAGACUACGACCACCGCCUGGCUGGCAUCUCCAGGGACUCCUUCUGCCAGGUCUACUUGGGCUGGAUCCAGUAUUGUAACUCUCGGCGGGCCAAGCCUCUGGACAGUGAGAAGGACUCUUCCCUGGUGUUGCUGUGUUUCGGCCUGUGUGUGCUGGGCAGGAGAGCACUGGGGACUGCUGCACACCAUAUGUCUAGUAACCUGGAGUCCUUUCUGUAUGGUCUCCACGCGCUGUUCAAGGGAGACUUCCGGAUCUCCUCGGUGAGAGAUGAGUGGAUCUUUGCCGACAUGGAGCUCCUGAGGAAGGUGGUGGUGCCUGGGAUACGCAUGUCACUCAAACUACACCAGGACCACUUCACGUCUCCAGAUGAGUAUGACGAGCCGGUGGUUCUUUUCCAGGCCAUCUCGUCUCACCAGCAGAACCUGGUGAUCGCCCACGAGGGUGACCCGGCCUGGCGUAGCGCCGUGCUCUCCAACUCGCCCUCACUGCUAGCCCUGCGCCACGUCCUGGACGAGGGAACCAACGAGUACAAGAUUAUCGUGCUCAACAGACGAUACCUCAGCUUUAGGGUCAUCAAGGUGAACAAGGAAUGUGUCCGUGGGUUGUGGGCGGGACAACAGCAGGAGCUGGUGUUCUUACGGAACAGGAACCCAGAACGAGGAAGCAUCCAGAACGCCAAACAGGCGUUACGCAACAUGAUCAACUCCUCGUGUGACCAGCCCAUUGGAUACCCCAUCUACGUGUCGCCCCUGACUACGUCCUAUUGCAACUCACACACACAGCUAGGUCACAUCCUGGGAGGACCAAUCAGCAUUGGCAAUAUAAGGAACUUAAUCGUCAGUACCUGGCACAGAUUGCGUAAGGGCUGUGGAGCUGGCUGUAACAGUGGUGGGAACAUUGAGGAUUCUGAUGCAGGGGGGUUGUCCUGCACCAGUGGUAAUGGGACAGGGCUGAGUGGUGACUCCCAGCAGAGCUCGGUGUCCCAGGGGGGGCUGUCAAGACCGGCCGCUCCCCUGGCCUACCAGCCACACAAUAUGAGGACCAGUCAGAGCUCCCAGUCGGUCCAGUCUGGCCUUGUGCACCACUCUCCAGCCCGAGCCUCCGUAACCAGCCAGUCUUCAUCGUACCGCUAUAACAGCAGUCGCCACUCGUCUCUCCGUACCUCAGCCACUGGCCUGGAGCCCUGCCGGCGCUACUCUACCAGCCAACUGUCCCACCGUACCCUCCCCACCUCCCUACAGCUUCGCCUGGGCUCCGGGUCGUCCUCGGACCCCGCCGGCCCCUCUGCCUCGCUCUCCUCCCACAGUAUCCCGCCCUGUAAGAGACACACCCUGGUAGGCCUGCUGGGUAACGACGGGCUGGGUAGUGGCGCCGUGGUGGACCCGCUGGACCAACACGUCCCGGCUCUGACCGCCGUGCGGCGAGACGACAUCUCCUACAGAGUGCAGAUCGUGGAUGUGAGCCAGGUGCUGGAGAUCAUUAACCUGUCGAAGAGGAAGGAGCUGCAGUGGCCUGACGAGACGGUGAGGCUGAGGGCAGGACGCAGCUGCUGGAGGGACUGGAGCCCCCUGGAGGGCAUGGAGGGACAUGUGAUUCACCGGUGGGUGCCUUGUAGCCGUGACCUCACCAGCCGCUCCCAUAUAGACAAGACCAUCCUGCUGGUUCAGGUGGAUGAUAAACUGGUCCCCAUCGUAGAGACUGGGGUCAUAGAGCUGGGGGCCGAGGUCUGAGCCACUGGUUCAGGUGGAUUAUAAAACUUCAUAGUCUUGGACUUGGUCGAAAGAGAAAUGCUUGUUUUGAAACCUGGGAUGAAUACGGUCUGCCCUAAUGACUCCACCCUAGUCCUCCUGGGAGUAACCCAGUCACGAGUUAGAGGUCAGGUUUCACCUUACUGCAGGCCAAAGAGCAGACCAGCCUGCUGACUCUCUGUCCUCUCCUCUGUCCUCUCUCUUCCGUCCACUCUCCUCUCUGUCCUCUCUGUCGUCUCUCUUCCAUCCUCUGUCGUCUCUGUCCUCUGUCGUCUCUCCUCCGUGACCCGGAAACCGAUGAGUGGUCGAGGAGUGUGUCAGUUCGUUAGUAGGCGAACGGAAGACUGUCCUCCCCUCCUUGUCCUAAGCCUCCUUUUUGACGAGGAAGCACAAGUGUAUCCUACAAACGGAAAAGAGCUUGGAUAUCUGCCACACCCUUUUGAAUCAGCUGUUGUAUUGUCAGAGGAGAAAAGCAGCACGGACAGUCCACAAAAAAA